CAUCUGCCCCACCUCCGUUCUAGGUAAUCCCUCAACAUCACCGUUUAUCGACAUCGACAUCUCCAACCAUGGCCUCAACUACCACUAGCUUUAUCAACCUACCGGACGAGAUCCACCUCCGGAUCCUCCACUUCGCGGGCUGGCGGUCCGCGCUAUCACUCAGCUCUACAUCGCGACGGUUCCUUGGGCUUAGCGAGGAGCCUACAUUCUGGCACGCGGCAGUAAACGAGAGCUUCCGGAUGCACCUGGACAACUUUGACAAGGAGAGCGGCGACUGGAAGGGAGCGUUCCGGAAGCUGGUUACGGGACGGUUCUAUGCGUGGGGGCAGAUCGCACGCAUGCGCGGCGAUAAAUUUAAUAGGAUUCGUCGCGACCAGAGGAAUGCACAUCAGCCGUUGCAUCUGGGCGAUGAGAUCGAGGAAACGGUUGUUGAUGUUCAGUGUGGUGGAUGGUGCUACUCCCUGCUGACCCUCGCCGGGAAUAUCGUUAUGAUUGGAUCGCUGGACAACUCCUGGGCCGUGAUGACUACCCGGUCAAUAAAGUUCCCUGCGCCUGGUGUGAAGGUGUAUCAGCACUCCGCUGGUCGGCAGCACCUCAUUGUGCUCUCGGAGCGUGGCGAGGUUUGGUACGUCUCCGGCGCUAACUCGGAAGUUCCAGUUUUGUGCAGCUUCGCGGAGUUGGAUAUCGUACUGGGUUACCCGGGGGAUACGCAGCGGCGGCCGGGAACGGUGUCGAAGGUUGUAGCUGGGUGGAACGUGUCGGGCGCGCUGGUGGAGGGGUACGGCAUCGCCGUUUGGUUCGGCACUCAGCCCGGGGAUGGCGGGCAGUUUCAUGUAAAGGAUGCCCCCUUCCUAUCCCGGCUGAACGCGAUGGAAGAUGCAGAUGCGGUGGUGGAUUUCGCCAUCGGCGAGAACUACUUGAUGGCUGUUACCGCCUCAGGGAAGGUGUAUGCCGCAAACAUUGAGGAUAUUGAACAAGAAGAACUUAUUGCACCCAUGGAGAUGCUAAACUUCGAAGCCCCCGCUGGACAUCCACCAAUUAACCGCGUUGUGGGCUGGUUCCGGAAGUUCGCCUUGUUCAAUAAGGAUGGCCUCGUCCACAUCGUCGACGAUAGCAAGGACCUAAAGGUGUCAAGACAGCUCCUGUACGGCGAUGAUGCCUCCCACGGCCUCUCCGGCGCUCUGGAGGAAAUGAGGACGGAUGCGGUGACACCGACUGAGGUUCCAGGGCUCAAGGAAUAUACCAUCGUUGACGUUGCGUUCGGAGACUGGCACUGCCUUGCGCUCACCGAUACUGGGAAGGUGCUCUCGUGGGGGAGGGAAUCGGGGCUUUGUGGCUGUCUGGGUCUCGGGCGACCGGAUGUAGCGGAACAGAAGGGUUUACGUAUCAACAAUGGUUACGACGGAGACCUCGAUACCGCACAGGUCGUCACUUUUGAGCACCCGUAUUCGGAGAAUGAAGAACAGGGCGACGGCACAACCGAAUAUGCCUACAAGAUCGCCGCAGCAGGCUGGCACUCCUGCGCGCUCGUUGCCAUGGUGGAAAAGGGCUCGACGCUCUCCGCUGGUGGAAUCUCCAAACCGCUCGCGCUCGAUGGCAGCGGCGACUCAAAGCCUCCGGACGAAACCCCAAAGCCUCCGGGGCCGAAAUCACCCCAGCCCCCGACGGAGAAGGGACAUCGCGGCGGAAUCGAGGGUGUACCCAGCGAUGCCCGCGGCGGAAGAGUCUCGCUUGCGGAAGCAAGCAUUGCCAGAGCAGGCGGAAACUCCAUAUUCGGGCUCGGAACUUCGGCAAAACAAAUCCCCCCACCACCACCGACUGAGCAUGGCCACCGCGGCGGGAUAGUUGGGGUGCAGAGCGAUGCGAGGGGUGGGAACAGUAGUCUGGCCGAAGGGAGCAUGGCCCGGGGUGGACAGUCGUUUUUUGGAAUGACGGGUGGUGCGCUACAGCUGGGUGAGGGGGAUAGACUCAGCGAAAGCAGAGAGACUGAGAAGGAGAAGGCGAAGAAGAGGAAGCUUGAACAGUAGGCUUGGAGUUUCGGGGAGAAGUUGGGAGGUGUUUGCGAAUUGUGCGAGUGAGAGCUAGUGAGGCCAAUAGAUCCUCAAGUGAUUUUGUAAAAAUACCUACUUGAACCAGCAAUCAUAGAUAUUUCACAUAGACAAAAUUUGUUGUACUUCC